GCUAAAACAAAAAUUGAUGUGAGCUGCAUGGCCUAACUAUUUAGGCAGCAUAACUUUAUUAGCUUUUCGACUGAACUAAUUUUAAUUCUUAUAAUUAUCUUCAAAUGCAUAUUCUUAAUCAUCAAAUAAUCUAUUUCAUAUUAUGCCCAUUAUACAUAUUUUACGACAGCAAAUGUGCAGUUUUAGAUGCUAGUUCAAUUCGAGAUGAAAUUGUGGAAACAUUAUUCGCUAAUUAUCAGAGUCAUGUUCGCCCUGGAGAGCUUAUUCGUAACACAACAGUGGUAACAGUUUAUAUAUCUGUAUCAGCUAUAACGUCUGUGGAUGUACGUAAUAUGGAAUACACUAUUGAUAUGUUACUUCGUCAAGCAUGGUAUGAUCCUAGACUAGCUUGGGAUCAAAUUGAGAAAUUCAAACAUUAUACAAAAAACAUUGUUUCUCCAGUUUUCAAAGAAAAAAUAUGGCUACCAGACUUGUUCUUUCGAAAUGGUAAGGAAGGCCGAUUACAUAAAAUGACUUGUGAGAACUUACUAAUACGCAUACAACCGAAUGGUGAAAUAUUGUACAGUCAGAAGAUCACCAUGCGAAUGGCCUGUCAGAUGGAAUUACGGACAUUCCCUAUGGAUACACAGGAGUGCGAUAUGAAUAUUGGAAGUUAUGGAUAUACAUUAGAGCAAGUGAGCUUUGUGUGGAGAAACAUAUCACCUGUCACAUUACCGGAGAAUUUGCAGAUAUCGGAGUUUGACCCACCUGAAGUGGUCAGAGCUUAUGACUGCACAAGCGGAUACUCCACAUCAACUGGACAAUACACAUGUUUAAACGCUACUUUUACGCUACAACGGCAGUUAGGUUACUGGUUGGCAAGUACCUAUAUACCGAAUAUUCUCAUAAUGGUUGUUUCAUGGCUAAACUUUUGGGUUAGUUUAGAGGCGAUUCCAGCCAGAGUAAAUUUAAGUUUGUUAACGUUACUUGGUGUGAUAACUCAGUCGACCAGUUACGCAAGUUCCCUUCCAAGGGUAUCGUAUAUUAAAGCAAUUGAUAUUUGGACAAUAGCAUGCAUAACGUUUAAUUCUGGAGUAUUACUUGAAUUUGCGAUCGCUUCUCAUCUUGCUAGGCGUCAAAAAGUAUCUGAAUGGCAGGUAGAAGUUCGGAAGCUAGUUAGACGUGAACUAGCGAGGUGGUGUUCUGCUUGCCAAUUACAAUAUGCACAAAGGGGACCAUCUGCGCUCUCAGCAUACUCAGCUUCAAGCAGAUCAAAUGAGAAAGUUGGUGAAUACAUCAACUCGGUAGCUGCUGCUGCUUUCGCCAUUCAGAAUAGCCCUGUACUAGAAAGACCAAGUCCUCAAAUGUCUGUUCGCUUAACAAAGUCAGGUUUAAUGUCAAUGGCUAAUAUUAAGUCCGGAAAACCAGAUAAAGUUUCAAAGGGUGUUUUUUACGAAUUAGUUACCAAUGAUUCUGCACUUACAGCUUUAGAUACAACACAAAAGGAUGCCCUUUUACCAACAAAUGAACCACAACGCGUUAAAAAACCAGCGUCAAUGUCGAAAAUAGAUAGUUAUAGUCGAUUCGUUUUUCCAGCAUGCUUUUUACUUUACAAUUGUUUUUAUUGGCUUUAUUAUUUAGUGAUUGUUAAGCAUAAAUAGAAAGAUAAAUAAUGAAUGAAAACUGUUUUCCAUACCUCAUAAAUCAUUCCUUCAUUGUGCUGAUAUUUUGAUGAACAAGAAUUUUUAUGUACUCCUCUUAAUAAAUCUUUGCUCAAUUAGAUCUCCAUCGUGUCAACGGAAAGCAGACAGUGAAACGAGACAGAAAUGCUCUUUUUACCAUAACGUGAUUUGUCUAGUGUUCGAAAACUUGGACCUUGAAUCACUUAUCUCCAGAAACCUACUCUUGAACCCCGAAAUGAAAAAACAAAACAGCGGAAUUAUGGAAGAAGUUUUACUUUCAAGGUUAGUUUAUAUACAUAAUAUAUGGGUGUUUAUAAUGUUACGUGGCCUUGAUAUUCUAGAGGCUUCUGGAAAACAAGAUAAAAUUGGUAAUUAACUAAACGGAGGAAAACAAUACAACUUGUCGUUUUUCAAAGUUCUAGUGGUAAUUUUUAAGGAAUGUUGAUAGAUGGAAGUAUUUUCAGCAUUUUUCCAGUCUCUAAAGGCAAUUUCGAGAGCUCCUAACCUGAAGGAAGCUGUCAGAUAAAUCUGAUAUUUUGGACACUUAUUUCUACAUUUCGGAAUUCUUAACACAAAAUAAUGCACUUAACCGGGGAGUGGAUAUUUAUUUCACAGAGAAAUCAUAGAUAUUUCAAUACGUAUUCAUUAAAAUUUCGAUUUCCAAAGAUUGAUACCAGAAUUUGUACUUGUAACGUUUGAAUUCAAGCAAUAAAAUAGAAAAAUAUAGUUCAAGUGAUGCUUGAUAAAUGAAUUUUACUAAUUCUAUUAGGUCAGUAUGAACUGAGUCAAGUGUAUUGACGAUAGAAACAAAUACAAACAAAACUAUCAACAAUGAAUAUUUAGACCACUCUAAUGAAUAUGUGAAACAUUUAGCUACAAACUGCAAACGAAGCGUAGGUCUAAGUUUACAGAAACGAUUCAAAAUGUUGUUAAGAUAUAAAUAAAAAUAAUAUAUUUGUAAUAUCC